CAAACAAUCUCCGCUUUGCCAUUGUCUGAGUCAUUAGAUAAGUGACUCCUCCGUAAGGCACACGUACCACUGGCUAUCGCAGAAUGGCAACAGUCAGCCACUUCAAUUCAUAUUCGAACAGUUCGUCGGGGAUCGGAAAAAUGAGCGUGGACGAAUCGGCCGAGCUGAGGGAACAAUUCACCGCAAUUGACAAAAAUGGUGACGGAUAUAUUGAUUUAUCUGAGCUGAAAGAUGCAUUAGAACUGUGUGGUUUUAAAUUACCAGGAUGGAGGGUUCGUAAAAUGAUUGGAGAUGAGCUGAAGACACAACAUCAAGGAAGGCUUUCCUUUGCCGAGUUCGAAAAGCUUUGUACCGAACUUAAAGCAAACGAAGUAGCGAGCACUUUUAAAAAAGUAGUUUCGAAAAAGGAAAACCUUGAAACCUUGGGUGGAAUGUCUGAUGCUUCAAGUGAAGGAACUACACAUUCUGUAAGGCUUGAAGAGCAAUUGGCCUUUUCUGAUUGGAUAAACAGUAACCUUGCUCAAGACCCAGAUUUGAAACACCUUUUAAAAAUUGAUCCCGAAGGAAAACGUCUGUACGAUUCGGUUAAAGAUGGAAUUUUAUUGUGCAAAGUUAUAAAUCAUUCAUGCCCAGAUACAAUCGAUGAGAGAGCUAUAAAUAAAAAGAACCUCACUACUUAUACGAAACUUGAAAAUUUGACACUGGCACUUAUUUCAAGUCAGUCUAUAGGAUGCAAUAUUGUCAACAUUGAUGCUCAUGAUUUAGCAAAAGGAAAACCUCACCUUGUAUUGGGUUUAUUAUGGCAGAUUAUUCGAAUUGGUCUGUUUAAUCAAAUCACAUUAGAAAAUUGCCCAGGAUUGGCAACGCUCUUAUCGCAAGGAGAACAUAUUGAGGAUUUGAUGAGAUUGUCUCCAGAGGCUAUUUUGCUUCGUUGGGUUAAUUAUCACUUGGAACAAGCUGGAACCCCAUUGAGGUGUAACAAUUUCCAUAGUGAUAUCAGUGAUUCAAAAAUAUAUACUUACUUGUUAAAACAAAUCGCACCUCAAGAUAAAGACGUUACUAUGGAAGCAUUAAUGGAACCUGAUGUUCUUAAAAGAGCAGAAAUCAUGCUGCAGCAAGCUGGGAAACUUGGAUGCCGAAGCUUUGUUACACCUGCAGAUGUAGUUAACGGUGUUUACAAACUUAAUUUAGCUUUUGUAGCCAAUCUGUUCAAUAAUCAUCCAGGCUUAGACCAGCCCGAAGCUAUUGAAGGGAUGGAUAUGGUAGAAGAAACACGUGAAGAAAAAACAUAUCGUAACUGGAUGAAUUCCAUGGGUGUGACACCAUAUGUAAAUUGGUUGUAUUCUGAUUUAGCUGAUGGUCUCAUUAUUUUUCAACUUUAUGACAUCAUCAAGCAAAACACUGUCAACUGGAACAGAGUCCACAGAACAUUCUCCAAGCUUACGAUGUUCAUGGAAAAACUGGAAAACUGUAAUUAUGCUGUAGAACUUGGGAAGCAGUUGGGAUUUUCGCUUGUCGGUAUUGCUGGUCAGGAUUUAAAUGAUGGAAAUGCAACUCUUACAUUAGCUUUAAUUUGGCAACUUAUGAGAGCAUAUACUCUCUCAGUACUAACACAGCUUGCUAAUACUGGCAGUCCAAUUGUUGAAAAAGAAAUUGUUGCCUGGGUCAACACAAAGUUGCAGUCAUGCAAUAAAAAGAGCACACUUAAAGGUUUCCAGGAUUCUUCAAUUUCUGAUGCCAAGGUUGUCAUUGAUCUUAUUGACGCCAUCAAGCCUGGUACUAUAAAUUACGAUCUUGUGAAAGAUGGAGAAACUCCUGAGGAAAAACUAGCAAAUGCAAAAUAUGCUAUAUCGAUGGCGAGAAAAACUGGUGCUCGUGUUUAUGCUCUUCCUGAAGAUAUAACUGAAGUAAAACCGAAAAUGGUCAUGACAAUGUUUGCUUGUCUCAUGGCUAUGGAUUAUGUUCCCAACAUGGGCUCCAGGAAUUAAUUAUAAAAUGUUUUAUCUAUUAACUCUCAGUAAACUUCAGUUUUUGUUUUCUUUUUUUUCUUAGGCUUUAAUUUAUUAAAUAUAAUAGCUAUUGGACAGACUGACUUAAAUUAGCAGACUAUAAGAAAACGGUGAUAUAAAUAUAUACAAUGCUAUAUAUUAUUACAAACAAACCAAUUACAUGACAUAUACACCACACAUACAAAUAUAUAUAAAAAAAAACCAUGCCCAUUUUGACAAUGUUGAGAGUUAAUGUAAGCAUUUGUUACAAGUGCACCUAAGUCAGUACUUUUUUUAUUUAUUACCAAUAUGCUUCAAAUGUAGUGUUGAAGGGAUCAUAAGUUACUAUAGUAUGUAUAAUUGCAUAUAAUGCAAUAUAAGGAAAAGAAAAUAUUAUUGUACAACGAAUUUUCUUAUUUACCAUGUUUCUUAAAAAUUGUUUGUAAUCUUGUGUAUUUAUUAUCAAUAGGUUAUUUAUAUUGUUGUUAAUUUCUUAAUCAAAUAUUAUCAUUUUUUAUAUUAAUGCAUGUAAAAAACAUUAUUUCAGAAAUAGUUUAAACAAGAUCAAUCGUGUGUAUUGUAAUAAGGACUUCCUUUGUUAUGUUAUGUUUUGCAUAUUAGUUCUAGGUUACUACAAUGAACUUAAAUAGGUAUUUGCAAAUUUAAAUUAGAAAAUUGUACGGCAAAUUCCUUAUGUAUAUCUCUUAAAUGAAAUGCAUCAUUUUUUGUUAUAUAUAAUUUUAAUAUAUUUAUUUUUUUCUCUGGCAAAUUUUAAAUUGAUUAUUUUUGUAAGAGGUUUGUUUUCAAAAUCAUAACAAAACUCAAGUGCCAAUUUAGUGUGAAUAGUCUUCUUUAAUGUAAAAGAUGAAUUUUGUUUAAUAAAUUUUGAUUUAGCAUAUACAACUGAAUCUCGUUUUAGAUUACUGAGAGGUAAUCAGUUCUGUUUCCAUUUUUAUUUUGGUUGUAUUAGGCAGUUAAAAUUAAAUCAAAGUUAAAAUUAUAUUAUUUUGAGGCUUAAAAGUCAUUUUAGAGAAUUACAUUCAAAUUUAUGAGGAUGUAACAAAUUAUUUAUACGGAUGUGUACAAUAAUGGGAUCAGAUGUAUGGUGGUAAUGUAUAAGUUAGCAAAAGUAUAUUUUUUUAUUGUAAUUUAGACUACCAUUUUUACAUUCCACGCAUGAAUUGAUUGAUAGGUGACAUUUUGUGCAAAAUUAAUUUUUUGUGUAGUUUCUAAAUUGUCAUGAUUUUAUUGCAACUGUUUUAGUUCGUUUUGUUUACAAGGUUUGUAACUGUUUUUCAUAAACCAUACUGGCUUUAUAUCAAUAAUAACUAGAAUAGUUUAACAUUCCAAUCAAUUACGUUAUUUUUAAGCGUUUCUUUGUUUUAAUUUUUUUAAAAUUAUUUUUCCUUAUAAAAUUGGCAAGUAAUAAUUAUGGUGUAGGAACACCAUUGUUCUUUUGAUUUGAAGGUAUCUACAUAAUUAAUCCACUAAAUGUAUCUUUUUUUUAUAUGGAAGUUUUCAAAUAGACAUAGGAUUCAUGGGGCAUUAAAGACAUAUAAGAUGAAAAAAAAUUAGUUUCAGCUGUUUUUUUGUGCAAUAAUGGGAUGUAUGUAUUCAUAUUAUUCUAGUGAAAUAUUUGUGCAAUAAUGUAUCUUGUCUUAUUCAAAUUUUAUUAUUAUCAUUUUGAUUAAAAAAGUGGUUUUAUGUUUGGAUUUUCCAAUGUAAUUAAUUUUUAUUGAUAAAAUUACAGAUGGCAUUUGUUGUAUUAGAUACUACUAUGUCCAAACGUCAAAUUGAAUUUGUGAAAAUGUCAUACUUGUAUCAUUAGCAUAGUAAUAUCAUGAUAAUCAUUUUUAAUAAACUUUGUAUCCAAUUUUGCUAUAUAAACUUUUGUACGUAUAAAACUUUUUAA